ACAAUAAUACAAAAUAACGAAUUAAAAAUAGUUAAUUUUUUUUGAUAAGACAUCAGUGAAAAAUGUAAUCCGAGCAAUUAUUAGUAAUUAAUUAGCACACUUUAUAUCAAAUAAGCAUUAGAUCCCAAAGUUUAUUAUCAUCAAGACAUUUUUUAAUCAUAUAAUUUUUCCGAACCAUUUAAUUUUUUAGUUCGCUCUUUACUAAAAUCUGAAAUUUUAUUUUAGAAAUAACAUUUUUGCAAUCGUUCCUCAAGAAAUUGACCAAUAUACAAUCCUCUGUAAUUCGCAUAAAGUUAAAGAAUGCAGAAAAUCAGGCAAAUUUCUCCAGAAUUUUGUAUUUAUAAUUUUACAUCUGCUGCUUAUCGACUCUGAUGAAGCUAAACAAAUAUACAGUACAAAGUAAAUGGGGUUAGGUUGAGUUGAGCAGCAUGGUAGAGAAGAUAAGAAGGCAGGCGAACUCUUCAUUAUAUUACUAUUAUGCGUCCCAUUCAUUGCGCUACUAAAUGCACCGCACGGAUGGCUUAGCAUGUAAGCUGCGAUAAAUAAAUAGGAAGCAGUGCAUAAUCAACAGUUAUUACUAUUUAUUUGGGAGUAGCACGAGUAGUUUGUUGUAAGUAAAGUUAAAGGCAAAAUGGAUCAGUUAAAGACUAAGGAAGCGCAUCAUCAACACAUAUCCGUCUACGUCCCAGCAGCCGCGGACUAUCACGUUGUCAGUAGUCAAAUCAAGUUCUCAGCGAUAGGAGCAAGAAGGUGGUGGAAUAGAUUGUCCAGACUGCAGAAGAGCGUCUUGCUCAUGACACUCUGCAUCCUUUUGGGAUUCUCCUUCCUCAUCGCGCUGACAUGGACGUCGCCCGCGACAGCGUCCGAAUUUCAUCAGCAUCAGCCAAUCCCGAACCAUAAUUUUAAUACCAAUAGCAAUGAAGACUAUGCAAUAAGAAGGCCCGAAGUGCAGGUGGUAAGAAGACCGGCAGCAGCCGAUGUACCACCGCGCCGAGGGCGACAAGACAAGCCGACACUGUGGGGGGAGUUACCGAAUAAGUCUAAUUUAGAAUUGCCUACCGUCCCAAGAGUGUUAAAGCCUGAUUUAGAACCUGCAGUCACUGAGAGGAGUAAACCAAAGGUCAAUAAGCAACUCGCUGAGAAUAUACGAAGUAUCAUCUCCUUAGAUCCAGUUGUUGCUUUAGACCCUCAAAAAUCGUUGUCUGUGAUAGAUGUAAAUAAACCUGAAGAUGGGAAAAAGAUUGAAUUUGAAGGUCCUCAAACUCCAAGACAGAAAGCUGUCGUUGAAGCAUUUUUGCACGCGUGGAAUGGAUACCGGAAGUAUGCAUGGGGCCAGGACCAUCUUAAACCAAUAUCUGGAGGGGGUCAAGACUGGUUCAGUUUGGGUCUCACGUUAAUUGAUUCGCUUGAUACCAUGUACAUAAUGAACCUACAAAACGAAUUUAAAGAAGCUCGUGACUGGGUGGAAAGCUCUCUCUCUUAUGAAGUUCCACAAAAUGUGAACCUCUUUGAAACUACAAUUCGUGUUUUGGGGGGUUUAUUAAGUGCGUAUCAUUUAUCGGGCGACCCAAUGUUUCUGAAAAAAUCUCAAGACCUAGGGUCCAUCUUAGUUGUCGGGUUCAAAAGUCCUUCAGGCAUACCUUAUUCGGAUAUAAACCUGAGAUCUAAAUCAGCUCAUGGCCCAGCCUGGAAUCCGGAUAGCACAACCUCCGAAGUGUCCACAGUUCAGUUGGAGUUUAGAGACUUGUCACGUAUAACGAAUAUUCCUAUAUUUGAGGAGAGUGCGAUGAACGUUUCAAAACAUAUCCAUAAUUUGCAUAAACUUCAAGGCCUAGUUCCGAUUCACAUAACUCCAAGCACCGGGAAUUUUCGCUCAACUGCUGUAAUCACUCUUGGUGCUCGGGGUGAUAGUUACUACGAGUAUUUGCUCAAGCAGUGGAUUCAAACCGGAAAGACGAUUGACUUUUUGCGCGACGAUUAUCUGGCUGCUGUUGAGGGAAUGAAGAAUUUACUUCUACAAAGGACUAAAAUUUCCAAUCUUACAUUCAUUGGUGAACUGGAAAAUGGCAAGAUUUUUAAACCUAAAAUGGAUCAUUUGGUGUGUUAUCUUCCAGGGACUCUAGCACUAGGCGUCGCUCACGGUCUUCCAAAUUGGCACAUGGAUUUUGCCAAAGAACUUUUAUACACUUGCUAUCAGACAUAUAAAAGACAGCCAACCGGAUUGGCCCCUGAAAUUACAUUCUUCCAAACCGAAAAUGACUCCGAAGCAGAUUUCUUCGUAAAGAAUAACGACGCUCAUAAUCUUCUUCGACCUGAAACCGUUGAAAGCUUAUGGUAUUUGUACCAAAUCACUGGAGACACGAAAUAUCAGGACUGGGGAUGGGAAAUUUUCCAAUCAUUCUUAAAAUAUACCAGAGUACAACAUGGGUUUACGUCAAUUGGUUCCGUUCUCCACCCAGAAAAUACUCGGCCCCGAGACAUGAUGGAAAGUUUCUUUUUAGGAGAGACGCUGAAAUACUUCUACCUGUUGUUUAGUGAUAAGCCAAUAUUCGAUUUGAAUUCGUGGAUUUUCAAUACCGAAGCCCAUCCAUUACCGAGUCGAGAUCACUAAAUGACAAGAUUAACUCUCCCCCCUAUGUAUAUGUUGGAAAGUUUGUUUAGCGACUAUUUGUGCUGAAGUCGAUUCUAGUCCUUCAACAAUUUGUGACACUGACAAUGCAGCCUAAAAUGAAGAACCCCCUUUGACAUAAUAAUAUUGCAAAUAUACUUCUCAGCGGAAAUAAGAUAAAAGUAAUCAUUUGCUAAUGUUAUAGCUCUCCCAUAAUAUGAAUUUGUUGCACAACUAGUCGCUAAUAAUUCUAUGCCUGUGAGGUUAAUUAUCCGUCUCAUUGUAUCAGUCCAUUGGUAUGUAUAUAAGUAUGAAUGUUGGUCAUUUAUUACUCUAGAGAUACAUGUACGAAACUUUGCAUGUAUGUAAGAUAAUUGAAGGUACGAAUACUCCAGGCUAAAACCAUUACUACAUAGCGUGGUUGGUAACCAAAUAAUGUGAGAAUUCCAGAAAACUACUCUAUGCAUUGUUACAUAUAUCAAGAGAAAGACAGUCAACUUUAUUUUGACAAUUUUCACUUCUACAUGCAAUCAAUUUUCUAAAUAUGUUAGCUUUGUUUUGUCUCAUUGAUUAGUCUCAAGUAAAUAAGGCAAAAGACGUUAAUAAUUUAAUAAACGAUGGCAAUGUCACAAAGUCAA